AUGCCUCCUUUCGUCUCUGCGUUGUUGGCGAUUCUGCCUGCAAUCCUUGCCUUCUUAGCAUACAGGUACUUCGUCAAUGACAAGGGUGGCGCCAAGAAAUCUGCUGUGGUUCUACCGACCACACCUCCGUCUCGGAAUAAUGCAAAGCUUGAAGCUCAUCGAGCGUCAGAUUUCCCGGAUGAUUGGUGGACUGGCAGCGAACUAUAUGAAUUGGAAUGUCGUGCAAUCUUCAGCAAGCAAUGGUUAUACCUCACCCAUCGGAGCCACUUUUCCAAGCCAGGAGACUAUCACACUUUUCAACUCGCUCGCUAUCCAGUCUUUCUGAUCCUUGGCAAGGACCAUGUCAUCCGGGCUUUCCACAACGUAUGCCGGCACCGCGCCUAUACCGUUACCAAAAAGAAAUCCGGCUCCUCUACUGUUCUGGGAUGCCGCUAUCAUGGAUGGAGUUACGACACCCGGGGACGACUUGUGAAAGCCCCAGCAUUCGAGGACAUUGAGAGCUUUGACAAAAGCCAGAACGGAUUGUUUGAAAUCCACGCUCAUACCACUCGUCAGGGCUUCGUAUUCGUCAACCUGAGCACCGAGUACAUCUCAAUUCCAGACUUCACAACCGCCGACGUUUUAGCAAAGAGCUGGGGCAUUUCCGAGCGGUCCGCUCCACUUGCUCAGCUCGACUUUGAAGAAGACGUCAACUGGAAGCAGGCCGUACACCACAUGGAGCGCACCGGUUACGCCGCCAGAAUCGCCCCCAGCGCCUGGCUCGAUCUCACCUCCAAGAUGCCCUUCCUCUCCACCAUGGCCGCCCAAGACACGCACUCGAUCCUCGACCGCCACGGGUUGAGCUCGCUGCACGUCACAUCGGGCGGCCGCCUCUGGUACACCCUCUCCACUUCCCCUGCAUCCGCCUCCCGCACCGCCUUCGCGUGCCACAUCUACCUGAACUGGCCCGGCGACAACGCGCAAGCCGACGUCGCCAUCCAGGCCAUCCGGGACGAAGUCCAGGCCAUGCUGUCCACUGCUGUCGAGAUGCCACCCCCAUCAAAGUCGCUGCCGCCGGAUGCACCCGCCGACGGACUACAGGAGGACAUGCUGGAGGAGAUGACGAAGCACUUGAAGGAGGAGAGGAGGAGGGGCAGGGAAGUGUGGCCGGCGAGCAGGGAAUCGUCGGUCAGCGACAAGUACAAUCAGGCCGAUCUACGUAAGUCUUACUGCACUACAUACCUUCCCGCCCCUCCCCUCUCCUAUAAAGAAGAGGAUGUGUGCAAUAUGGCUUUAUCACGACAUGUGCUGACUGUAGAUGUUCUUAUUUCCUACGAUAGUGUGCAAACAACUGAGCUGCUUGAAAUCUACGACGGGUCCGGAAUUGGGCUUGUGGGAGAGGCUUGGGCCGCGCAACGACCUUGA